AUGCGCCUGCAAACACCAACUUUGAAGAGGGAUACAAAGGAGAGUAUCGCGGCGAUUCCUAAGCAGCCCAUGCCUGUCGAUUCUUCUGGGUCAGAACGUCACACACAGGGGCGUUGUGGUUUCUGUCCGAGAAACAGGGAUCGGAAGAGCAAGACCAGGUGCACCAAGUGCAAAAUUCCAAUUUGCUUGGAACACCAAGUUAAAGUACGCCAAAAGAGCUCAAAUUGA